GUGAAAACGAAAGUAAAUAUGAGCGACCGAGAAAAAAAGAUAGAUCAGCGUGUUAGACUAUUUUCGUAGGUUUUUAUUAAGUGCUUCCCUUACUUCCAACAACACGUCUGCUAUUGGUGGAGCAGAAAUGGACCCACAGAUCUGAUUGGUCAUCACAACUGCUAAAAGAUGGAUUCCCCUCAAGAUGGCCUGGAUGCUGUUCGUAAAGAUGAGCCACAGAGAGCAGCAUUGGCUGAUCCCAGCUCCAGCCCCCAGACACCCAGACCAGUGUCUCCAGUGCCCAGCUGUGUGUCCAUCAGGUCUAUGGAUGAACCUCUCAAGCUCAGCAGUGGACCACCACAGUCUGAAACAAACCCCCCGACACCCAGACCAGUGUCUCCAGUGCCCAGCUGUGUGUCCAUCAGGUCUAUGGAUGAACCUUUCAAGCUCAGCAGUGGACCACCACAGUCUGAUACAAAUGUUUUGGGGAACUUCCUGACCCAGGAUCAGUCCAUGUGUGGAAUCACACGGGCCAAACCCAAACUACAAGAUGACGAUGUCCUGAAGAGAGUAUUGAUGACCCAUAAAGCCAGUAUGAAGAGGAGGUUUGAGAGCAUAAGUGAAGGCGUCAUAAGGUCAGGGACUCAAACACUCCUGAACAAGAUCUACACAGAGCUCUACAUCACAGAGGGAGAGAGUGAAGGGGUGAAUAAUGAACAUGAGGUUUGGCAGGUAGAGUCAGCAUCCAGACCACAAACUACAGAGGACACAUCAAUUAACUGCAAUGACAUUUUCAAACCCUUCCCUGGACAGAAGAGACACAUCAGAACAGUCAUGACCAAGGGGAUCGCUGGCAUUGGAAAAACAGUCUCAGUGCAGAAGUUCAUCCUUGACUGGGCAGAGGAGAGAGCUAACCUGGAUGUGGAUUUCAUGUUUGUGCUUCCAUUCCGUGAGCUGAAUUUGGUCCAGCAUGAUCAGUACAGUCUUCACAGACUCCUGCUUGACUUCCACCCUGAGCUUAGGGAGCUACAGGAUGGUCAAUACAAAGACUGCCACAUUGUGUUCAUCUUUGAUGGUCUAGAUGAGAGUCGACUUCCUCUGAAUUUCAAAGAGAACCAACAGUUGUCUGAUGUGACACAAACAUGCUCGGUGGAUGUGCUGAUGACGAGUCUCAUUCUAGGAACUCUGCUUCCUUCUGCUCUCCUUUGGAUAACCUCCCGGCCAGCAGCAGCCAGUCAGAUCCCUUCUCAGUGCAUCAGUCUGGUGACAGAAGUACGUGGGUUCAAUGAUCCACAGAAGGAAGAGUACUUCAGGAAGAGGAUCAGUGACCAGAAUCAAGCCAACAGAAUCAUCUCACACAUUAAGGCAUCCAGGAGUCUCCACAUCAUGUGCCACAUGCCAGUCUUCUGUUGGAUCUCAGCCACUGUCCUUCAGCAGAUACUGGAACAGGAUGAUGGGAAGGAAGUCCCCAAAACUCUGACUGAGAUGUUCAUACACUUCCUGCUCAUCCAGACCACCAGGAAGAACCAGAAAUAUCAAGAGGAAAGUGAGACAGAUAGACAGAGGCUCCUGGAAUCACAAAAGGGAAUCCUAUUGAAACUGGCAGAGCUGGCUUUUAGAAAUCUGGAGAAUGGCAAUCUCAUGUUCUAUGAGGAAGACCUGAGAGAGUGUGGUAUUGAUAUCAGUGAAGCUUCAGUCUACUCUGGCAUGUGCACUGAGAUCUUCAGGGAGGAAUGUGUGUUUCACCAGAAGAGGGUCUACUGCUUUGUGCAUCUGAGCAUCCAGGAGUUUCUUGCUGCACUUCAUGUGUUUGUCACUUUUCUGAACAACACUGUUAUUUAUUUUUUCGACUUGUUUGAGCUAUUGAAGAGAGCUGUGGAUAAAGCUUUGAGCAGCAAAAAUGGACACUUAGACCUAUUCCUCCGCUUCCUUGUAGGUAUCUCAGUGGACAGCAAUCAAGACCUCUUACAAGGCCUGCUGACAAAAGAACGCAGCAGCUCAGAGAACAUCAAGAAAACAUGUCAAUAUAUCAAAAUGCUCAACAGGAAGGACAUAUCUCCUGAAAGAUACAUGAAUCUUCUCCACUGCUUAUUUGAAAUAAAUGAUCAUUCCAUACAUAAAGAAGUCCAAAAAUAUCUGAUAUCUCCAGAUGGCCUCUCAGGUGAAUUGUCACCUGCCCACUGUUCAGCACUUGCCCACAUGCUUCUGUUAUCUGAGAAUGUGCUGGAUGAGUUUGACUUGAGCAAUUAUAGAACCUCGCAGGAGGGAAAAAACAGACUGGUACCAGCCGUGAGAUACUGCAGGAAGGCUCUACUUGCUGACUGUAAGCUAACAGAUGUGUCCUGGGAGAUUGUGGCCUCAGCUCUGCAGACUCCAAACUCCGUCCUAAGAGAGCUGGACCUGAGUCAGAAUGACCUGCAGGAGUCAGGAGAAAAACUGGCCACUGCUCUACAGAGUGCAAACUGCAAAGUGGAGACUGUGAGACUUGUUGGCUGUAAACUGAGGGGACGAUUUCUGGCCUCGGCCCACCAGGGGGCAAACCCCCACUUAAGAGAGCUGGACAUGAGUGACAGUGAGCUUGAGGACCAUGGAGGAGAACUGCUCCAUCAGCCACUGAAUCAAGACUGUAAAGUCAGACUCACCAGGUGUAGACUCAAGUACAACUCCUCUGAGGUUGUGGUCUCAGUUCUGCAGUCAUAUAUUUCUCAACUGAGUGAGUUGGACAUGAGUGGCUGUGAUCUGCAAACAUCAGAAGAGAAGCUGCUCUCUGGUCUUAGAAACCCAAACUGCCACCUGGAGAAACUGAGACUAGUUGGCUGUAAACUGAGCGGAAGAUUUCUGGCUGUGACUCUUCAAUGGGCAAACUCCCACCUAAGAGAGCUAGACAUCAGUGGCAGUGAGCUUCAGGACUGUGGAGGAAAACUGCUCAAUCAACCACUGAAUCAAGACUGUAAAGUGAGACUCAUCAGCUGUGGACUCAAACACAUCUCCUCUGAGGUUGUGGUCUCAGUUCUGCAGUCAUAUAUUUCUCAACUGAGUGAGUUGGACAUGAGUGGCUGUGAUCUGCAAACAUCAGAGGAGAAGCUGCUCUCUGGUCUUAGAAACCCAAACUGCCAACUGGAGAAAGUGAGACUUGCUGGUUGUAAACUGACAGAGGAAUCCUGUGAGGUUGUAGCCUCUGCUGUGCAGCACAUGGUCUCCCUGACAGAACUGGACCUGAGUGACAAUCACAUAAACAUCACUGGAAUUCAGCUUCUUAGUGCACUGAAAGGUGACGUCAGCUGCAAGCUGCAGACAUUGAGACAUGCCCGUGGAGAACUGAGAAAAUAUGCCUGUGAGCUCACACUGGACCCAAACACGGCAAACAGAAAACUCUCUCUCUCUGAGGGGAACAGAAAGGUGACAUAUGUGAGUGAGUGGCAGCCGUAUCCUGACCACCCAGAGAGAUUUGACCACUGGUCUCAGGUGUUGUGCAGAGAGGGUCUGACUGGACGCUGCUACUGGGAGGCUGAGUGGAGUGGUGAUAAGGCUAAUAUAGCAGUGGCCUAUAAAAGCAUCCAGAGGAAAGGAGAGAGUGAUGACACUGACUUUGGACGUAAUGCCAAGUCCUGGAGACUGUGGUGCUCUGAUGACAGUUACGUUGCCAGGCACAAUAAUAAGAGGACUGACAUACCUGCCCCUUCCCCCCACUCCAACAGAGUAGGAGUGUACCUGGACUGGCCAGCAGGCACUCUGUCCUUCUACAGCGUCUCCUCUAACACACUCACCCACCUGCACACACUCCACUCCACAUUCACUGAGCCCCUCUAUCCUGGGUUUAAUCUUUAUGAAAACUCCUCAGUGUCCCUGUGCCAGAUCACAUGACCUCCAAUCCUGUAGGAGAGCCAUACACUCCUGUUCAAACACUCCUAUGUGCAUGUGAUGUGUCCCUUCUACUUGUGUGUGUGUGUGUAAGCGUGUAUGUCGUGACUCGUGCGUCUAUGCAUGUAUGUGUGUGUGUGUGUGUGUGCCUCCUUUUAUUCCUCUAUUUGUGUGUGUUGUGUGUGUGUGUGUGUGUGUGUGUGUGUGUGUGCCUCCUUUUAUUCCUCUAUUUGUGUGUGUUGUGUGUGUGUGUGUGUGUGUGUGUAUGUGUGUGUGUGUUCCUGCUGCUCCUUCUAUUUCUCUAUUUGUGUGUGUGUGUGUGUGUGUGUGUGUGUAUAUGUGCUGCUCCCUCUAUUCCUAUAUUUGCGUGGGGGGGGUGUGUUUGUGUAUUUCAGUCCAAGACCAUCUCUCCUUCUGUUGUCCCUGCUCUCUGUUUCAUCUGUGUGUGUGUGUGCGUGUGCGUGUCCGUGUGUCCGUGUGUGCGUGUGUCCGUGUGUCCGUGUGUGCGUGUGUGCGUGUGUGUGUGUGUGUGUGUGUGUGUCUGUGUGUGUCUGUGUGUGCCUGUGUGCGUUGAAGGGGGGAGGGUGGGCGGGGUUCUGAGUGUGUGUUUUUCAGUCCACGAUCAUCUCUCCUUCUGUCCCUGUUGUCUGUAUUAGCUACUUUCUCUUUGUUUGUCUCUCUCUCUCUCUCUCUCUCUGUGUGUGUGUGUGUGAGUUUGCGUGCAUCUGUGAAUGUGCACUUGUGCGUGUGUGUGUGUGUGUUUGUCCUCUUCCUCCCCCCUUCUCCUAUUUCUAUUUCUUUUUUUUUAGUUUAAUUUCUUACAAUGACAUUUGAACUUGAACCUAGAUUGUUGUAUGUUAUUGUAUGAUAUCUGAAGAUUAAAAAUGGUGUGAGAGUCGAUGGGUUUUUUAAGGGCUGGGACUCAGUGUUUAUCACUUUAGUAAUAAUGGAGUAUGUUGCUGCAGAGGAUUUUCAGAUGCUAUGUUGAAUUUCUUAAUUUGAACUUGAACCUUGUAUUGUAUGUUUUCUGAAUAUUAAACAGAUGCAGCUAGGGAGUAAUUAUAAAAGCUUUUCCUCAUCAUGACUGCUCUUGUUCUCUCAUGUAAUCUAUUACGAAUACCUUGUUUUAGUCCUAUACUGUAAAUAAUGGUAAGACUUUUUCUACGACAGACAUGUUAUGACUAUGGAAUCUAGCAGACACUUUUGUUCAAAGCGACACACA